UCUCUGGGUAUUAAUGUGAGCCGGACCUCUUGACGUGGCUUGAUUCAUGUGGGGACGAGACGCAGAUACUGAAUAGUUGAUGAGCUGGAAGAAAGGGACGGCGGGGUGGGGGCAGAAAUAGAGCGAGAGGGAGGGAGGGAGCAGAGAAAAGGCUGCUGAUCCACUCCAGUCGCUCCCAUAAGCCCCGAGGUCGGGACGCCUGCAUGGAAAAUUACCUCGCGGCCGAGAGGAGGGCAGUUGUGGGCUGAGGAUGGCUUUCGGCUGAGCGGACCCAGGCGGACCAUGGAGAAGCUGAAGGGUCCCACGGCGGGAUGCUCCACGGCGACCUGUGGAUGGAGGGCGCUGCUCCUGCCGCAGCUCAACCGCCAGUCGCUGUACGUCUACGGCAGCGAGGUGGCCGUGGAGAAGGAGUGCAUCCGGCAGCUGCAGAGCGGAGUCUUUGUCAUUCACCCCUUCAGCCUCAUGAGGAGCUACUACAUCAUGUGCAUGAUGGCAAUCACGUUCCUGAACCUGAUCGGGAUUCCCAUGGAGAUAGCGUUUCUGGACGGACAUAGCGGCUUGGCAUGGGAAGGCUUCAACGUCUUCUCGGACACCCUGUUCCUCAUCGACGUGGCCCUGAACUUCCGAAUGGGCAUCAUAACGGAGGACGCAGAGGAAGCUAUUCUGGACAUCAAGCGGAUCCGAGUCAGUUACCUGAGGACAUGGUUCAUACCGGACGUCAUCGCGGCUUUCCCAAUCGGCUACAUACUGCUGUUUGCGGACUUGCAGUACAACAAUGAUGACAACCCCUCCAAGACCAACAGGAUGAUGAGGAUCCUGAUGUUCGUACGGAUCCUCAGUUUGAUCCGACUGGCCCGGGUAUCCAGGCUGGUCCGGUUCUUCAACGAAGUAGAGAAAGUGUCGAACGCAAACCUGGAGGUGGUCCGUCUGUUCUUUCGCAUCUUGUCUCUGUUCAUGAUGAUUUUCCUGCUGUGCCACUGGAAUGGCUGCAUCCAGUACUUCGUCCCGAUGCUGGAGGAGUUUCCCAGUGACUGCUGGGUCCGCAAGGAAAACCUGAUGAACGCUACCGUGAUCGUAAAAUACUCUUGGGGAGUUUUCCGAGCUCUGUCGCAGAUGAUCGCUCUCUCUUAUGGCUCCAUGGACGCUCCAACAAAUUACGUUGAAAUGUGGAUCGUCAUGGUCAGCAUGGUGUCCGGCUGUCUGAUGUACACCGUCCUCGUUGCCAACGCCACCGCCAUGAUCGUCAACGUCGACCCGGCGGCCAAAGAGUACAAGAGCAAGAUGAGCCGGUUGGAGCACUACAUGACCUUCAUGAAGCUCCCUCCAGAGCUGCAGCUCCGCAUCAACAACUACUACCAGGCUCGGUAUGGAGGGAAGUGGUUCGACGAGAAGGACGUCAUGGACACGGUGUCCUCGGCGCUGAAGGAGCAAAUCCUGAUGGUGAUGUGCAGCCGGCUGCUGAGAAACGUGCCGAUCUUUCAGAAUAGAGACGAAAACUUCAUCAGCGUCGUCCUCCAAAAACUGGAGUACGAGGUUUACCAGGAAGGAGACGUCAUCGUCCGGCAGCAUGUCCCGGGAGACCGAAUGUUCUUCAUCGACCACGGCCAGGUUCUGGUGGAGGUCGAUUCCUACGAGAGGGAGCUGUGUGAUGGAGACUUCUUUGGAGAGACAUGCGUGCUGACCAAAGGCAAACAUCUGGCCACGGUGAAGGCGCUGACCGACUGCCAGUGCUUCUCCCUGUCCUGGGACGACUUUCAGAAGGCGCUGGAGGGUUUCCCAGAUGUCAAGAAGGACUUAGAAAAGAUGGUCCAGAUCAACUCAGAUGGUGGCCUCGUGUGAGACCAACAACAGAACAUUUUGCUUCAUGAAUUGGACAGACGCUAUGCAUUUCCAGGGCAUUUUAUGCUGUUAUAUAAGACUUUGCUCACAUGGACACAAGCUGGACUCUUAUUCUCUGAUGAGACGGACGGUUUUAGAGCAUCUUAUUCUCUCUAGGAAUCAUCCUGUCCUCUGAUUUAUCCAUAAUAAUCAGCAAUAAACAAAGACCUCAACAGUUAAAACUCAAAACAUUUGAUCUCCUUGUUGGCGUUGCAGUUUAGCAUCGAUGUUUGGGGCAUUUCUUAGCUACAAGACAAGAAAGACUUCUAUCUAUCAUAAUCUAGAACAACCACUGGUUUAGUUUUGCUCUGCAGCAUUGAUCAGCCACAACUUUUAAACCACUGGCAGAUGAAGGAAAUAAUAGUAUCCCCUGAAACACCACAUUUACUGCUCAGGAACAGCUCGAGGAACAAGACCAAGAACUCCAAGGCAUUGACACAACCUCCAAACUCCACAUAACCCAAAUUCAGUCUGACGGUGGGCUUGUUUCAGACCAAAAACAGGACAUUUUAUCAUAUGAAGAGAACAAACGCUAUGCAUUUCCAGGGCAUUUUAUGCUGUUCUAUAAGACUUUGCUCACGUGGAUGCAAGUUGGACUCUUAUUCUCUGAGAUGGACGGUUUUAGAGCAUCUUUUUCUCUCUAGGAAUCAUCCUGUCCUCUGAUUCAUCUGUAAUAAUCAGCAAUAAACAAAAACAUCAACAGCAAAGACUCAAAACAUUUGAUCUGCUUGUUGGUGUUGCAGUUUAGCAUUGAAUCUUGGAAAGUCAAUGCAUUUCUUAGCUACGAAACAAGAAAGACUUCUGGAUUCUGGUUUUUGAAGUAAAAAUGGAGAAGAAACAGAAUUAGUCAGAUUAUCACACGUUUUAAACAAAUACUGUUCAGAUAAAGUAAUUCAAACAACAAUAUUUAGAAUAACUAUUACCCAUCAAUCGCAGUUUAUCGUAGUGAACACCGAUCAGCCACAACAUUCAAAACAACUAACAGGGAAGGAAAUAAUAUUGAUUAUCUCAUUACAAUACAACGUUCUGAUAGGAAAACUUGGGUUCUGGAUGCUACCUUGAAGUCUAACACGUAGCGUUGCCCUAUGAAGGAAUCGAGGAGCACGACAAAGGUUCCCAAGGCAUUGACUCAGCCUUCAAACUCCACAAAACUCAGUCCGAUGCACCACAACAAAUUAAAUCCAUUGAUUGAAGAGUCUGCUCCUAAGAUCCUUGUGACACCCCAUAGAUCCUUUGUCCGUGUUCCAAUGGGAGGCUUACACACUAUUAAGCUACUGGUUUUAAAUGUUGUGACUGAUCAGUGAAGCUUCAAUGACGUAUUAUUACCUGCAUUUAAAUCGCACUCAGACCAGUUUCACCACCAAAGAGUCACAAUCUGGCUAAACUCAUAAACACGGAAUGUCCAGGUUUCUUGUGUCUCUUCCCUCUGUGGACUUAGCUGUUGUGAUAUCUACCUACAAACUUUUACCAACUUAUAUCAACAUACAAGCUUGCAUGAAAUGACAAUGCUAAACAUUCUGUUUUGGCAAUUAUUGUAUUUGCCAUAAUUAGAAACUGCAGGUUGUGGACAUGCUGAGUUUUGCAGGUAUUUGGUCAUAAACCAAAGUAUUAUACAAAGGGAAGUCCUGACCUCACAGUGGUUUUGUUCUUGGGACCAAGACUGCACAACAUUUAAUGCAAUACAGCCAAUGUUGGUUGAGAUAUUUCAGUGUAAACCAAAGCUGAAUGUGUAAAUGCUAUACAUGUGUAGUCCAUUUACCAUUUCCUCAUAUCCAACAUGCUCACCACAAAAAAGAGCUGUUCUCUUAACAUCUAAUUCAUCUCAGAUUCUGACAUUCGUCCGCAUUGACCUGAGAUGAUCGAACCAUUAAUUCCAUCUGGUUUUCGCUUAUUGGUGUGGACAAAACCAAAGUUACUCGAACUUCAAAAGACAGUAGAAACUCAUGUAUGUAUUUUUGUCUCUGAAAUAACGUUUAUUUGUAAGUAAUAUUACACAUGACAUGCUAAUGCCACUGUGAAAGCAUCAAAUACAAAGCUGAUAUUGUACUACUGAA